GAAGAGUUGUUCAUCAGUCAAGCUCUUGUUACUAUUAGUGUGAUCACUACUAUCUCUUCUUCUCCUCCUUCCUCCUUGUUCUCUUCAUUUGACACAAGAAACAUCACAACAAUCAUGUCUUUCCCCUACCAGAAGGUCCUCAUCAUCGGCGCCACCUCCGGCAUCGGCAAGUCCCUAGCCACCAAGCUGGUUGAGAAUGGCAUCCGCGUGGUUGUGGCUGGCCGCCGCAAGGAGAACCUGGAUGCGUUCGUCGCCCAGCACGGCAGCGACAAGGUCGACUCUGCGGUCUUCGACGUGAUGCAGCUCGAGAAGAUACCCGAAUUCGCCGCCACCAUCACCGCCGCCCACCCGGACCUGGACUGCAUCUUCGUGAACAGCGGCAUCCAGCGGCCGUUCGACUUCGCGAAGCCCGAGACGGUGGACCUGGACGUCUUCGACCAGGAGCUGAUCACCAACUACACGUCGGCGGUGCGCCUCACCAAGGCGUUCCUGCCGCACCUGCUGCAGCAGCCCCGCCCGACGGCGCUGGUCUACACGACCUCGCAGAUGGCGCUGGUGCCCAUGAUGCGGUGCCCCAACUACGGCGCCUCCAAGGCGGCGCUGCACCACUUCAUCCUGGCGCUGCGCACGCAGCUGCAGGAGGGCGCCGGCAACGUCCGUGUGCUGGAGAUCUACCCGCCCGCCGUGCAGACCGAGCUGCACGACGCCAAGCACCAGCCCGACCUCAAGGACGGCCACCUCAUCGGCAUGCCGCUGCAGGAGUUCGUGGACGAGGUCUGGGCCCGGCUCGGCAAGGGCGAGGACCAGAUCCCCGUCGGCUCCGCCGCCGAGAUCUUCCAGGCCUUCGAGGUCAAGCGCCAGGAGUUGUACAAGGGGAUGACCGAGUUGUUGUCGGGUUUGUUGAAGCAGUUCUUGCGCGAGUAA